AUGAUAGUUUCCGUACGAAGGAUAGUGUUAUUGUUGAGCUUAGUGGUGCUUACCGUCACUACACAAGUGGCGACCGGCGGUUCGAAUGAUUCCAAGUUCGUGCCAACCCACGAAUGGCAGGAGAUUAAGGAGGGUCAAUCAAUUCCGGAAGGACUGCACGUAAGGAUCAACUUAACCAGUGGCAAAAAGGAAGCCAAACUACUGGACAAAGAGGAGCGCGGUACGGAUUCUUCGCUUUCGAUGGUUCCAGGAGAAGAAGUUAAGCAUCACCAGCUAGCUGGAGCAAGUGCAAGCAACCCAGGGACCGUUGGUGGUAUGAAACUGGAAGCACUCAAGGAAGCCCUCAAGGAUAUUCCAGCUAAUGAGUACGAGGAAGAAUCUGGCGACGAGUCAAGUCGUGGCUGGUUCAAGAGCUACGAACAAAUCAAACAAGAGCUCAAGGAUGCAAAUGUGGAGCUGAAAAGCGACAGUGAAAUUAUGACCGAUUUGUUUGGCCGUUUCGAAGAAGCAAUUAAGAAAACAUCCCCUACAGAGCGACAGGAAUUGGACGCACUGUUCGAGGAUCUCGAGUACCUGGCCCAUCAAAUCGAUAACGCUCUACAGUUCAUUGACCGUGGUGGUGUGGAGAAAAUCAUCUGGCCUAGCAUAAACCGCACCGAGGACGGUGUUACGCGCACGAAAGCGCUCAAGCUGCUAGGCACGGUGGUACAAAACAAUCCCAAGGCAAAGGUCGCACUGAUCGAGCGCAAUGGUGGCUCUAACCUGCUCGCCACACUCGGGCGCGCCUCGUCGACGGACGAACUUUCGGCCGCACUGUACGCGUUCGGCAGCCUGGUACGAAAGUUCCCCUUUGCCCAGAAACAACUGCUGACGCCGCAUGGGUACAGUGUGCUGUACGGUGUGUGGGAAAAGAAGGUCGAGCUGAAGGUUAAGGUAACGGUGCUGCAACUGAUUGCGGACGUGCUGGAGGAUUACCACAGCGCUACCGGAGCGACAGGGCCAACCGAUCCAACGACGGUAGAGCAGUACCGCUCGACGAAGCUAACGGAGGGGCUAGAGCGGACGGAAUUUUGCAAACAUGCUGGAGAAUUCUUUCACCAACACAAGGCUGCUCUCAUACCGGAAGACAACCAGAUCGAUGAGACGGUGAAAGCACUGAAGGUUUGCGAACAGCUGUGCCACGAACCGUGGGCUCAGUGUCCGCUGUUUCGGCACACGUUACUAGUGCUGCGAAACAAUCUGGACCACCGAUUAGAUGAAGACAGCGAAUUGACUGAUUACAGGAAGGAAAUUAAGCGUAACGUCGAUGAACUGAUCGUGGAUCUGUACGGUCAGCCGAAAGAUGAACUGUGA